AUGGCUACAAUCAGGAACUUUGCGGUGACCAAAGGCCGCCUUCGUUUAGUACGAGAUCAAGCGGAUACUGCCCAGGAUGGUGUUGAAGUGGCCUACUACUCUGCCUGGAUCCGGUGCUGCGGCAUGCGUGCUUGCCUACGAGUAUCCCCAUUCACGGGUAGCAAACCGUCGUGGGAAUCACUUUUGAUGCUAGGCUACGACCUUCUCCAAAGUUUAUCCGACAUGCGAUCCGACUCUGAUCUAAAUCAGAUUGCCAAAAAGCCGAUAUUGAUCGUUUGUCACAGCUUAGGUAGCCUUAUAGUCAAACAAGCGCUGUGCGUUGCCAACAACCAGUUCACUCGGUAUGGAUCCACUGUCAACGCCAUCGCGGGCGUCGUCUUCCUAAGCACUCCACAUCGUUAUGGUGACAAAACAACAAAUCUUAUGCGAUUUCGGGAAGUUCUGGAAGCAACGACCAAAAGGGCUUUCAAGAUACCAAAUGAGAACAUUGAGCAAGAGGGCACUAUUUUACUGGGCCUUGCAGAUAGAUUCGAAGGGAUCUCUUUCCGCACUCCUAUACUGUCCGUCUACGAAAUGAGAGAAUCAAGGAACAGUUCGAUAAAAUUCCGACAGAGAUAUCAACAAUUGGUCAAUCGUGAAGCCUCUUCGACCUUUGCGCCAAUGGAAUCAGUAAUUGGUCUCAACCUCGACCAUUUUGAAACAUGCCUCUUUACAAAAAGUGUUGAUGGAGAAGGCCUACCAGAGCUCAAAAAGUUUAUCUAUGAGACAUUGCAGAGCGCCGGAAAUCUUGUUGCAAUGCGAUGCGAGGAUUACGAGUACCAAUACGCGACCAUGAGCGCUUAUUCACCUUCGUUGAGCGGAUUAACGCAGAAUGUUGGUCAGCAGGCUCCUGCGAAUAGGAUAUCCAAAACUGAAAUAGAACGGGUAUCAAACAAUGCAACAGAAGGAACAUCUGUUUCGUGCGUUGAUAUUCUAUAUCCAACCCCAAAAAAUUCGGAAAUAAGAAAGCCACUUCAUCUUCCCUGCAUUCUUCUGAACGCACAUUCAGUCAAUGAGGAAUUUUGCGGCCGCGAGGAUAUCUUGGAACGCCUUGCCGUAGAGCUUCUGCCUUCGAAAUCCACAGUGACAAAUUCUAGCGACAGUCUCAGACAAUUUGCACUCUGCGGCUUUGGGGGAAUUGGAAAGACAGAAAUAACUCGUGAGUUCUCCCGACGUCACAAAGGAUCCUUCGAUGCUGUUUUCUGGGUAAUAGCAGAUGAGAUUGCAAAGCUUGAUCACCAUUAUCAGGAAAUAUCGUUGGCCUUGGGACUUGAAGAUUUGGCGGAAUCCAAAAGCCAGGUUGUUACCAGGGAAAUUGUGAGAGGAUGGCUCUCCAAUCCCCGGAAAUAUUUGUCGGGCUCGGACGAUUUUGCACAACCGGUUGACUCUAGCUCUGAAACGACAUGGCUGCUAGUCUUUGACAAUGCAGAUGAUCCUAUGAUUCUAGCUGAUUACUGGCCUCAAGGAAGUGGGUCAAUCCUCAUCACAAGUCGCGAUCCCUUGGCGAAAACCAUGUUUACGAGAAGACCUUCUGGCUUGGAUCUCGGUCCAUUGACACGACAGGACAGCAAUUCCCUUUUCAAUAACCUCUCAGCUAGCUCAAACGAAUCGGAUGAUCUCACCAAGCAAAUUUCUGAUGUUCUUGGCGGUGUUCCCCUAGCCAUCUCACAGAUGGCUGGUAUCAUCCGACGACAAGACCUCAGCUUCCUCUCCACCGUUUGGGCAUUUGAGAAGCUGAAGUUCCAAUCUCGACAACUAUUGGAGGUGAUGUCAUUUGUCGACCCAGAUGUCAUUGGUGAAGACUUGUUGAUGAAAGUGGCUUCAGAAUUCCUUCAGAUCGAGGGAACAGAAUUCAAAAAGAGUAAUUACAUCGACGCUCGUACUGAUCUUUUGCAGUCAUCCCUGAUAAAAAGAGAUAAACGAAAGCAGCAAGUAUCUGUCCACCGGAUCAUUCAAGACAUCGUCUUCGCUACGAUGAAUGACGGCAAGAAACAAGUAACUAUUGAUCAUGCCAUACGUACUCUUUGGGCAGGUUGGCCUUCGGCAAUGCCCAAACCCUCAAAAGAGCCAGAAUUACCUCCACCAAAAUCAACCGGCGGCAGGCUAUCUGUUGGAAGGUGGCCUGAUUGUGCGGCAAUCUAUCCUCACGUUUUGAAAAUACACCAGAUAUGGCCAGUUAUUCCAAAUCUCACUGAAGCCACUAAAUUGCUUUUUGCAAAGUUAUUGACUGAGGCUGCGUGGUACCAAAAAGAACGUGGGCGAACAAAGCAUUUCGAUGGUUUUUUCGAUACUGCUCGCAGUAUCUGCUCUAUCGCCAUGGAUGCGAGUGAUUUUGAAACCAGCCGAAUUUACAAAGAGAAUUCCAUGGAUCUAGUUUCCAAAAUAUGCAAAAGCCUGGGCACUGAGGACGAGAGAUUGUACCUCGCUUACGCAGAGCGAGGCAAGUUUGAGGAGUGCAACAAGCUUCUUCUUGAUAGUUUGGCUGGUAGGGAAAUGGCCUUCGGGAAGAAUGACAGGGAUUCUGUCCGAACCGGACUAAUCCUUUAUGCGCUUGGAAACCUUCGUGCGGCCCAAAAACAAUGGGAUGAUAGUUUUGAAUAUCACCAGCGAGCAUGGCACCAUAUGCUCACAACAGUGGGCCAGCAUGACAAUGCAAUGGGAAUGAUAAAUGUGGCUCUGGAUAUCUGGUCAGUUGAUCCGAGUGCACAUAACAACGAAAUCGCCCGCUCUACUUUCCUUAAGGGAAAAUUAUUUGAAGUCACUGGCAAAACUCAAAAAGCUUCUAUUGCUUUUAAAGUUGCCUGUCGCUUGAGAAAGCAAAUUACUAAGGAGGAUCGAGAUGCGAACUGCUUGACGAUGCAAGACUUUGACGAAAUUGUUGCUUUUUGGGCCCGGUAA